GCCGGUGACGAUGUCGCGACGCGCGCGUUGACGUCAUCAGGGACGUCUCUCUGUGCGCCGCGUCGCUCUUCGUUCUUACCAACCCGUUUGUUUCCCAGCUGCAUACAGAGGACGUCGUCGGAAUGACCUGCGUCAUGGACGUUGCCACCGUCAUCCUCGUUGCUGUCGCAGCCGUCCUGUAACGUCCGGGGAACGUCCGUUUCAGCUCGCGUUAUCCGCGCGAGUAUGCGCUCGUGAACGACGUUUUCCACACCUGGGGUGGUGGUGCAAUUUUAUACGGGUGACGGGAUCUCUCUGUGAUUAAUCGCGACGGUCCGCGUCGCCUUCGCUUCCGGCAAUCGAUUGGCGGCACUCUCACCGAGUUCCGUAAACUCCGCGUCAAAAUGGGUUCUGUAGUGGUUAAAUCGCUUUCGGUGCUUCUCGGUUUGUUCUUCCUUUUCGCUGGCACUUUGAAGCUCACGUCCUACAUCAGCAAGGACCUGCACAGGGAUCUGAGAAAAGACUAUGUAAAAUACGCAAAAGUGUUCCCGCUCUCGGGCGUGCUUGAGUUUAAGGUGCCCAGCAAGUGGUAUCGCAGAAUCGUCGGCAUUCUCGAGAUUGUCUGCGGUCUCGCCUUGGCAGUUGUUCCAAGUAAGAAAGUUAAAACUUAUUCAAACAUGGUGUUGCUCGUGUUGAUGAUGAUGGCCGUGUACUCUCACUAUAUGAUCCACGACAAGUUCGAGAGAAUCGCUCCGGCAUUGGUAUUUCUCUUCAUGCUGAUCGGGCGACUGGCGAUCGACUGGCAGGAGAGACGAGCAGAGGCAUGGUUGGUGACGGCAAAUGGCGUCGAUGACAAAGCUAAGAAGCAAGACUGAGCGGGAUUAUGAUUGAAGAUCAUACUCCUUUCCGCGCCUUAACCCACUUCGAUUCCACACACAAAUUUUAUUGUUUGGAAUAUUGAUUCCGAGAUAUAAAAGUUUAUUUAUUUAUUUUAAAUGUUUUCUUUUUCCCCUUUCUCAUCUUAACUCUCUAUCUUUCUCUUUCUCUCUAUUUCUUUCUCCCCUUGAAACGUGUAACGCUUUCUGCCGUGAAACGCGGGACCGUUGGUUGGUUUUCAUACAAAGCACAUACAUAGAGAUAGCUUUUCUCCCGAAUACAAAUAGAAAAUAUAAUUGUAACAACAAUUCUUUACAUAAUCGAAACGCGAUUUCGUUAAUCACCGACAGUGUGUGUUUUUCUAUUCCGCAGCACCAUCGAUCCAUUAAAGAUACGAUAUUGCAUCAAUAUCGGUUGUCAUUCUAAGAUCAUGGUUGAAGAAACACAUCUCUCUCUAUUUACAUUACAGUUAGAACACUAACUGUAGGAAAGAGGAUAAACAAUUGUCAUAUAACUCCGUUUUUAUCGAUUAUGACUACGUUUCAAAAUUCACUGCCAGUAAUUAAAAAUGUCUAAUAUGAUUUUUAACGUGAAUUACAUAAAUUUUCAAUACUGGCAAUGAAUUGUUUGAAACACAGUCUUUAUUUAGAUGUUCUGACAAGCGGAAUAUUAUAUAUAGAAUAGUAUAAAGAUCGGUACAUGUUAUGAGAAUGUAAACAAUUAAUUAUAAAUAACAUAUAUAAAAAUAUAUAAAAUAUUUGUAACUGCAAUAACAAAUGGACAAACUGGAAGUGUAGUGUGUAAUGUGUCUAUAAAUUUCUCAUGUAAACAGCAGCAAUAAACAAGUAUGACGAUAAUGAACUGUAAACGAAUCGGUUGUGACGUAAACAGAGAGAGAGAGAAAAUUUAAUUAGACGCUGACAAAACACCAAUUAUCGAUAUCGAUGCAAUUAAUAUGUUUUACUAGCUUAAGCACGAGGCACUAACUGCCAUUUGAAUGAAUGUAACGUAUCCUUAUACACCGCGUGAGUGUGUUGCGCGUAUGAACAUAUAAGAAACAUCUCUUAGUAUAAUUAAGGCACGUGCGUUCUAGUGCGCGUAAUUUAUUUCAUAAAACUCUGUGCGGCGAACGAGUAUGAUCGAACAAUUUGAUAAAAAAAAAAAAAAAAAAA